AUGCAGGGAUUUACGGUCGCAGCCACAGACGUGGCAUUCACCAGGCGAUAUCUGCCAAUGGAAUGGGAAGAGCGAUGGCGGAGAGACAAAGAGAGGAGGAAGAGAGUUAUUGCAGAAGGUGGAGAAGGAGUCGAGCGGGACAACCGGGAGCUGAGGAGGAUUGUAGCUUAUAAUGACUCCAGGUUGGGCCUCCUGAGUAGGAAGGAUAACAAGGAAGUGCCCGAUGUUGGAACUCACUCUGAGCACAGGACUGGGGAGCACAGCAGUGAGGACAUGUUGGAGGACGAAGGAUUCAACAGUCAAGUCCACAUGUACAACAGUGAAACCUGGUCUGAGGAAACUUUAAGCUCCCUGAAGGACCUCAGAGAUUCAUGUCUUCUCACAGACCUGACUCUGAUCACUGAAGACGGAAGUUGCCAACACGUGCACUCCCUUGUCCUCGCUGCUGUCAGCUCCCUCAUCCUGGACAAACUUAGAGGGAGAACUGAUGAACAAUCGCAGGGAGAUACAAAUGUGGGCGUUCAAAAGUGGUCCGUGACUCUUCCCUCAGAGGUUAAUUGUGCUGGACUUGAGGCAGUUGUGGAAUUUGCCUACACUGGGGAAAUUCUUUCAUUGAACAAAGAUAACGUACCCCACAUCAGGAAAUCAGCAGAAAUCCUUGGAGUUCCUAGAGUUCUGGAGCUCUGUCGGACAGAAGACAAGCUGAGUAAUGAAGGAAUCACAAAGAAGGAGAAGACCAGGGUCUCUACGGUUGAAGAGAUGAAGAUCACCCUUCAGUCCACCAGACAACUGUGGGCAGACAGAGUGGGAUGUGACGUGUUGUUGGACCUUAAAGGGACAUUAUUUGAAGUUCACAGAGUUAUCCUCGCAGCCAGCAGUGACUAUUUCCGUGGCAUGUUCACCUGUGGAAUGCGGGAAUCCCAGCAGUCCUGCGUUGGCCUUCCCUUCCUGUCAGCACCAGAUUUAGAGGCUCUCAUUGGCCACUCUUACAGUGGGACACUGUCACUCAAGUGGGACAGCGUCUUUGAAAUCACCUGCACAGCUCUACAGCUUCAGUUCCAGCCCGCGCUGUCGCUGUGUCUCAACUUCAUGCAACAGGAAAUGGAGGCGAAAUGGUGCUUAGACAUUGCGUCUUUUGCCGAAGCUUACGGGAUGUCGCAGCUCCUCCAAGAGGCCAAUGACUUUGUACUGAGGAACUUUUGGGAGGUGUCGUCCACAGUUAAGUUUCAGGACCUGCCAGCAGAGACGUUUUUAGAUAUCCUUCGCUCUGAUGGUCUGUGCGUGCCCUCAGAGUUGGCUGUAUUCCGAGCUGUAAUCUCAUGGAUUGAAGCUGAUCCUGAAGAGCGACUGAGUCAGGCUGGCUUACUCAUGACUGCCGUCCGCUUUUCCCUCAUGACGUUUCGCGAGUUCAGAGAAGUUAGGGCCAUUAAUCUGAGAAUGGAAUGUUUCGGAAACAACAAAGUUGAACUCUACGGCUCGGCCUUCAAGGAUUUUGGUUUAAGCCUUGAACAAACGCAGGAUCAGUGGAGAAUCAGGAAGCCCAAAGAAGCUCUGGUUUUAGUUGGGGGAGACCAUCUAGAUACAGAUACAGGUCAACGCAGUCCAAGCAAGGAGCUGUGGUUUGUUAACGCGCUACGCAGUGGCGUAGGUUUGGUAAAAGAGAUGGAAUGGAGGCACCUGGGCCAUAUGCCAGACAAACCCAAGUUCAGACAUGGAGUGGCAGCAGUAGAAGGGAGGUUGUACGUGUUAGGAGGAUGCUUCUUCUACACCAAGGAUGACAUAAUGAAAUCAGUCUACAGUUACGACCCGGUCCAGGAUGGAUGGAAGAGGCUGGCCGAUAUGCAGGAGUUAAGAAGUAACUUCUCAGUAGUGGUUCAGGAAGGACGCCUCUACGCCAUUGGUGGAGAUAAGGAAAUCAACACUAACGUAGAUAGUGUUGAGAUGUACGAUCCACACACGGACACCUGGAGCCUCGUUCAUCCCUUAGAGCAGAGUCUGAGUGGUUUAGCUGCCACUGCUGCAGCCGGACAAAUCUUCAUCUCUGGAGGCUUCGACUGCAGCUACAUUUGUCUUUCGUCCAUGUUCUCGUACCACCCAGAAGGAGGAGUCACCCCCCUGGCCAACAUGGCCCACGACAGGGCUCAGCACUGCAUGGAGGCCCUGCGUGGCCGCCUCUACGUCAGCGGUGGAGUGUGUAACCUCAGGGCCUUCUACACGGACCAACUGGGCUGUGAGAUGUAUGAUCCUAGAACUGAUUCCUGGACGGAGUUUGCGUCACUGCCUGUGCCUCAUGUUGGCGCAGCCUCAGCCGUGCUUGAAGAGAAGAUCUACAUCCUGGGCGGGUACUGCCAGGAGGACUACAGUGAGUCUGGACUGGUCCACAGGUUCGAUCCUAGCACCCAGCGGUGGCAGAUCAUGGGUAAACUUCCUGCUGCUGUGACCGACAUCCGGGCGUGUUUGCUACAACUGCCUGAGGAUCUCAGACACUGACUUUUCUUCCAUUAACAUUCAAAAUAAG